CACACCACUUCCGUUUUCUCUUUCCUCUCUCUCUCUCUCUCUCGCGCUCAGAGGUCCAACGAGGCAGCACUCCGUCGCGCUCCCCUUCGUCGUCGAGUUCGACGAGCUCCGCGAGCGCGAAUCAAUCUUUCGAUUCCGAUCCGUAUCGGCCUCCCAGGCGAGUGGCGUUCUAGCUCGAUUUCGUUCGCUCAAGCCUCCGAGUCGCGUAGAAAGACGAUCUCACGAGUCUGGGCACUCGGAUAUGGAUGAAGAAAGGAAAGGAGCGAGAGGAUCGUGUCGGGACACUUAGGGUUCGUCUUAUGUGAUUUGCUAAUCAAAUAUUUUGGUAUUUUUUGGAUUCCUUCGACGGGGAAAACUCGGAGAUCUAGGAUUUCUUAUAUUGUUCUUCUCGCGGGGUUUGAUUGGUUGGAAUGGAUAUCGAUAUUGUGAGGGAUAUGGCGUCGCUUGACCCGGAGCUGCUGCAGCUCCCGGAGGUAUCUCAAGUGGCUCUGAAGGAAAAACCUAAGAUAGCCGAGGAACUGUUCUGUCAGUGGCUUUCAUUAACCGAAACAGGAAAAUUGGUAAAGUCAUUGAUUGAAGAUGCAAAAGGGAGUUCUCCACUUAACGUUCCAGGCAGUUCAAGCAGUUCAAAUUCUAUAGGAAGCAAUUCCCCACCUUCCAUGUUUCCUGCUGGCAGUGUGCCUCCUCUCUCACCUAGGAGCACAUCUGGGUCUCCCCGUUUUUUGAAGCGUAACCCAAGUGUCGGACCUUCACCCUUUGGUUCUCCACUAAAAUUAGUCAGUGAACCUGUCAGAGAAGUUAUACCUCAGUUUUACUUCCAAAAUGGUCGCCCACCUCCAAAAGCAUUGAAAGAACAAUGCUUAUCUAGAAUUGAUCAUCUUUUCUUUGGCAAUUUGGAUGGGCUACAAUUACAAGAAUUCAAAACAGUGACAAAGGAAAUAUGUAAGCUACCAUCAUUUCUCUCCACUUCCCUUUUCAGAAAAUUUGAUGUUGAAUGCACUGGAAUGGUGACAAGGGAUGCAUUUAUUGAAUACUGGAUUAGUAGCAACUUGAUGACAAAAGAUGUGGCUACUCAGAUCUUUACUAUUCUGAAGCAAGCAGACCACAAUUACCUUACUCAGGAUGAUUUUAAACCUGUCCUGCGAGAGCUUUUGGCAUCCCAUCCAGGUUUGGAGUUCCUACAGGGGACUCCAGAAUUUCAGGAUAGAUAUGCUGAAACUGUCAUAUACAGAAUUUUCUACUAUAUGAAUAGAUCUGGCGAUGGCCAACUUACCCUAAGAGAAUUGAAACGGGGAAAUUUAAUUGCUGCAAUGCAGCAUGCUGAUGAAGAGGAAGAUAUUAAUAAAGUUUUGAGGUACUUUUCGUAUGAGCACUUUUAUGUGAUCUACUGCAAGUUUUGGGAGCUUGACACAGAUCAUGAUUUCUUGAUUGACAAAGAAAACCUUAUCAGAUAUGGAAACCGUGCACUGACUUACAGAAUUGUUGAACGGAUCUUCUCACAGGUUCCCAGGAAAUUCAAAAGCAAAGUUGAUGGUAAAAUGUGCUAUGAAGAUUUUGUGUAUUUUAUACUAGCAGAGGAAGACAAGUCAUCUGAGCCUAGCCUCGAGUACUGGUUCAAGUGUAUAGACUUUGAUGGUAAUGGAAUCAUUACCUCAAAUGAGAUGCAAUUCUUCUAUGAGGAACAGUUGCACCGUAUGGAAUGUAUGGCACAAGAACCUGUACUCUUUGAGGACAUUCUAUGUCAGAUGAUUGAUAUGAUUGGACCUGAGAAUGAGAGCUAUUUUACACUUCAAGACUUGAAAGGCAGCAAACUUUCAGGAAAUGUUUUUAAUAUCCUUUUCAAUCUGAAUAAGUUUAUGGCAUUUGAAACUCGUGAUCCAUUUCUAAUUCGGCAGGAACGUGAAAAUCCAUCCUUGACAGAGUGGGAUAGGUUUGCACAUAGAGAAUAUAUUAGGUUGUCCAUGGAAGAAGAUUGUGAAGAUGUUUCAAAUGGAAGUGGGGACAUUUGGGAUGAAUCACUUGAGGCUCCUUUUUAAUGAGUUCCUAUGAAGGAUUUGGUUUUCUGGAUGCUUCCCAGAAACUGCUCCAGUAGCAGCUACAUAACUUGCAUAAGAUAAAGGUUUGCAUCACAUAUUCCUCUGGUGAAAUAGCUAGCAGGCACGCUUGAUAUAGUUGAUUGGUCUAUAAUUUAGUCCAAAGGUAUUUUUUCCUACUCUAUGUUUUCAUGAUUUGCAUGUGCUCCGGAAGCACUUGAAAGUUGGAUCGUUCUUCUGAAGUGCUGUGGGUCAACCCCACCUAUAGCAAGGUAGGCAAGACUAAUUAUGUUAGUCUUCAGUCUUCACCUACAACGUGACAUUUUCCAAGGCCAAAUAUCAAGUGGAUUUAUGCUCUGUCCAUCGUAGUUGGAACCAGUGACGGUUGAUUUGUAGUUUUUUUUUCCCUUCCUUUUUUCGCAAUGGGUUUCUUUUUGGAGUAUAGGGACGCUGCUAUAUUUCUCUCCUUUCAAUCAUUUCCAUCUGGUGGUAUAACUUAUCUUGGUGAUUCCCUGUAAUAUGUUCAUUAACCUUGAAUUUAUAAUCAUGAGAAAUCUAACAUUAUUGAAUUGAUUUUAA